UGAGGCUCCGGGGGACGCGGUUAGUGGGCGAGCACGCACUAGAACCCACCUGAGCUCCCAUCUUUCAUGUCACCGAGAACAUGCUGUCACGAAUAUCCGUCGUCCCGCGGCUGAGCCGCUGCUACGGGCUCCAGGGAGAAUGCGUGGCCGAGCUGACUCGCGGGUAUUCGUCUGACUCUAAAGAGAGCAGCUGGCUUCAGUCCCUUUUUGUAAGGAAGGUGCAUCCACGCAAAGAUGCACAUUCAACUUUGCUGUCUAAGAAGGAGACCAGUGGCCUGUACAAAAUUCAAUUCCAUAACGUGAAGCCAGAAUGCCUGGAUGCUUAUAACAAAUUGACAGAGGAAGUGCUGCCUAAACUGCACCAGGACCCAGAUUACCCAUGUGAUUUGGUGGGCAAUUGGAAUACGUGGUAUGGGGAGCAAGACCAAGCAGUUCAUCUCUGGCGAUUCUCUGGGGGAUAUCCUGCACUCAUGGACUGUAUGAAUAAGUUGAAAAAUAACAAGGAAUACCUGGCUUUCCGUGAAGAACGUAGUCACAUGCUACUGUCGCGGCGAAACCAACUGCUUCUGGAGUUCAGUUUUUGGAAUGAGCCAACACCUCGUAAAGGUCCUAAUAUCUAUGAAUUGCGUACAUAUAGAUUGAAGCCGGGAACAAUGAUUGAAUGGGGAAAUAAUUGGGCCCGUGCAAUCAAGUAUCGCCAAGAGAAUCAGGAAGCUGUGGGAGGAUUUUUUUCUCAGAUUGGAGAGCUGUAUGUAGUGCAUCACCUGUGGGCUUACAAAGAUCUACAGUCCAGAGAAGAAACUAGGAAAUCGGCAUGGACUAAAAGAGGCUGGGACGAAAAUGUCUAUUAUACAGUACCUCUUGUGCGGAGCAUGGAGUCUCGUAUCAUGAUUCCCUUAAAGAUCUCUCCUCUUCAAUGAGGCAACUGUCAUCUCUUCAACGAAACCAUUCCCAUUUUUGAGCUGUUGAUAGAUUCUGCUCCUU